AUGCCCACUGAACUCCCCUUCGUCACCCUCGACGUCUUCACAACAACCCCCUACCGCGGCAAUCCCCUCGCCGUCGUCACAAUCCCCCCAACCCUCAACCCCCCUCCGACGCAAGAGCAAAAGCAAGCCAUCGCCCGGGAAUUCAACCUCUCUGAAACCGUCUUCAUCCACGACGUCGCCGACCCGGAAACCAAUAAAACCCGCAACAUCGACAUCUUCCUCACCUUUGACGAAAUCCCCUUUGCGGGUCACCCAACCGUCGGGACCGCCGUCUCUCUCCUCCCCCAAGGCGUAACCACGCUCGUCACCAAAGCCGGUCCCAUCCCGUUAAAGCAAACAGGCGAGCGGUUCGUCCAAGCCAACAUCCCCCAUGAUUUACACGUCCACGCCAAAAAGACGAGAGAUCUAUCGCCCUCUAAGCUUUACUCCGUGGAGAAACUGCAGCCCGACAAUGAGAUCCGGCAACUCGAGCUUGAUGCCCCGGUGGUGAGUAUCGUGAAUGGAGUUUCGUUCCUGUUGGUCGAGUUGAGUAGCUUGGAGCAACUCGCAAAGGUGCAGCUUACGGGCGUUGAGUUCCCGCCAGAGGAACUGCUAGAUGAUGGGUGGAGGAAGGGCUUGAUUGCGAGGUAUUACUACGUUAAGACGGAAGAGAAGGACGAGAAUGGAUUGCCGGUUGAUGUGAUUCGUACGAGAAUGAUGGAGCAUUCGUUUGAAGAUCCGGCUACGGGAUCGGCGGCGUGCUGCUUGAGCAGUUAUCUGAGCAUCCAGGGAGACAAGCAGACUACUCCUAAACGGCGAUACGAGAUUACGCAGGGUGUUGAAAUGGGCAAGGAGAGCAACAUUGUUGUCGAGGUGGAGGUCAAGGACAACAAGAUCGACAAUGUUCAGCUGGCUGGUACGGCUGUUCAGGUCAUGCGUGGAUAUGUCACAUUGUAG